AACUCUGCGUUGAAUUCUAAGCUGCGGACUAGGGAUGGAGAGCGAGCAAACCUGCCGUCUCUGCACGCGAGAUGUGAGCGAGUCUGCAGCGGCCAUCCACCUGUACAGCCCUGACAGCGUGGAGCGCGGGGUGGCCGACAGAAUGGCAGAUCUCCUGGAGGUGCCUCUCGAGAAGACGGAUGGACUCGGCUCCUACAUCUGCGAGCUCUGCAACGCGAGAUUCAAACAUCUCGUCCGCUCCCUGGAGGUUCACCGCCUGAACGCCAAGAAGAACUAUGAGAAACAGGCCAAGAAGGCUGGGAUUUACGUUGAGACUCUUGAAGAUAUGAUCGAAGAGAAUCCCACCAAACCAGUAGUCGAAGAUGCUAAGGACCCAAAUAAAGACCCGUUGGUUCAGGCUGCCAGACAUGACUGGAAUGGAUCUGGGAUCUCUUCUGAGUGACUUGGUGGCUGCCAAGAAGAGAAUGAGGGAGAAGAAAGGUGCGACUGAUAAGAAGGUGGUGACAGAGGACAUUAAGGAUCUGAUGAACCUGCUCUCUGGGAUCAGGAAAGAAGAUGUGUUUGUUUUUGGCACUUUUCUCGGCAUUCCUGAUUCUCGACUCAAAGACAUUGAGCAAAACUACUCAGACAACCAUCAGAGAUAUCUUACUGAGGUGAGUUAUGGCAUGGAUAAACGCCUGUCCAGAGAGCUCUACCUGGUCCACUCUAGUGGAGGCUCUCAACGAAGUGGGUCAUAGGAAAACUGCACAAGAAGUGGCUGAAAGAAGAGGGAUUGUACUGCCUGGGGUAUGGGAGGACAGUCAGCUCUGGGGUGCUCUGAAAGCUCUCAUCCCAAUUAAUGAAGGAGGUGAUCUUGUAACACUGCUGGAAGAGACGGAGAAACUAAGGGUUGACGUCAAAACCAAAGAUGCUCUCCUUGUCGACAGCGAGGAUCGGCUGGAAGAGGUCAACUCUCAAAAGGAUGAAUUUGAAAAGCAGUACAACGAUGCUAUCCAAGAAUUGGAGGAAAAGAAGCAUUUGCUCGAGGAAGAGAAGCAAAAGGCCCAGAAAACACUGCGAGAGAAAGAAGCAGAGCUGAGAAGGUUGAGGGCAGAGCGAGCCACCAAGGAAGAGAUUGAGACUAAAGAAAUCGAGAUCAUGUAUCUCAAGAAGAAAGUUCAGCAGCACCAGAUGACGGAGAAGGAGCUCGUGACAAAGAUUGUCGAUCUCCAGGGGAAACUGGAGGCGACCGACAUUGGGAAGCUGGACUGGAUUGCCAGCAACCUGGAGAAACAACUUCAGGGAGUACGGCCGGAAUUUGAGAGGGAGCGAUCACAUAUGAUGAACAAUAUCUACAAAAUGUUGAAGUACAUCAAGAUCCCCGACGAUUUACCGGAUAGUGAUGAAGAAGGUGGAAGGGAUUCGGAAGAUCCAACUACUGUUCCUGCUGAGAAUGUAGAGAACGAAGGGUUUAGAUGAAGAAGGUGAUUCCGAGAAGCCGAAAACAGAACCAGAGCCGGCUGACCUGGAGUCUCUUCUCUCCACACUCAAGAGUCCAACUGAGGCCUCCAGUGCCAUUUCAAUGUUUGAGGACAAGGAGUUGAUGGAGGAGGAUUACCCACUGGCAGUGAGGCUGUUUGAGGACACACCUCCCUUCCUCCUGAGUCAGAUCCUGGGUCUGAGGAUGGAGGAGUGGCUGGCCAUUGAGGCAGUCGACAAGAAGGACGAUGAGAAACAGAGGGCCAGCGUCCUGCAUACCUGGGGCAGGAGCGGGGGAUACACAGCCAAGUGGUCUGUACUGGUGGAGGCUCUGAUUUUACUGGGAUUGAGGGGCAAGGCCCAGAUUGCCUGCAUAGAAAAAGGGGUUCCACUGCCUCAUGUUAGUGAAGAUGGUCCACUCUGGUCCUCGGUGGUGAAAAAACUUCUGAGUGGGAACCAAACGAUACAGCAGAUGCUGACUGAGAUUGAAGGUGUGAGAGUGGACCUAAAGAUGAAGGAUGAUGAGAUGUGUGCCAGGGAGACAGUCCUGGAACAGAGGACCUGGCUGGUGGACAGACUGGAGGAGAUGUAUGAGAUCUUCACGGGAAGAGAGAAACCUGUAAGCCCAUUGA